CGCAAAUUGUGCAACUUGCUCUCUCUCUCUCUCUCUCUCUGUGUGUCGUGUCGUGUUUGAGAAGACGAAAGAGUCAGUCGGAGAGAGAGAGAAAGAUCGGAGGAUGAGUGCCGAAGAUUUCCAAAAGAAGGUUUCCAUCGCCGGAGAAAUCGAAAUCGAUAUCAAAUGUGGCGGUUCCGCCGGCGAUUCUAGUAGCUCCACGGUGGGCUCUAGCGUGGCCGCCUCUCAAACCCUGGUUCUGCUUCGGAGUCUGCUGGAGAUUCAGCAGCGUCGAGCUCUGGCUUACGCUAAGCUCAAAAGUGGAUUCUCAGAGUAUGUGGAGUCUGGUGCUGAAGCACUUUAUCAGAAGCUGUGCAGUGAGAUUACAGCUGAGUUCAGUGAAUGUUCCAAACAAGUGCGAGAAAUGGAAUCUCUGUUUCUGAAACCAGAAUUUGGAAGAGCUGAUCUUGCUCAACUGCUCCUCGACAUUCAAAGUCAAGAGAAGCAGAAAUUGCAUCUGACCGUUACAAUACAGGUUCUGAAGAAGGCAGGGAGACCGUCAGAACGAAUGCUAACACAUGAGAACUGCAAGUUCAAGAAGCCGAUGCAGCACGAGUGUGUGCAUCUUCAUGAGAUUACUGAAGCUGCAGGAACAGAGGAAGCAGAAGCUGAUGCAGAGUUUGAUAACGCUUUGAAAGAAGCCAUUAGAGGGGUGCAAGACGCUGUAACUAGCAUCAAUGAGUAUUUAGAAGACAUUCGGUACGAGAUUGAAGCCCUUGAAGCUGAGUAGUUCCAAAUCCAUCACUUCUUUACCUUUCUACAGAAAACUUGCAGUGUUAAAAGCUUGGUUAAUUAUUAGCUUUAUAAGAUAUUUAGAAAUUGUGAAAGAUGUGAAAAUGGAAUUUGUUUUCCUAAAGUUUAAUAUCUUUUGGUAACCAGACAAUAUGUGGGCUUUUGUUCAUACUAAUCUCAAUCUAUUUACGACGGA